AUGACAACAAAUUAUACUAUUGUUAUUAAGAUGGGUUCUUCAUCGUUGGUCGAUGAGGAGACUAAAGAACCAAAAUUAGCGUUGAUGUCCUUACUAGUUGAAACUGUUGUGAAAUUAAGAAGGGAGGGACAUAGAAUUGUCAUUGUCUCCAGUGGCAGUAUUGCAGUUGGUCUAAGAACCAUGAAGAUGGACAAGAAGCCAAAACAUCUAGCUGGGAAGCAAGCUCUUGCUGCUGUCGGUCAAGGCAGACUAAUUGCUAGAUGGGACCUGUUGUUUUCGCAUUUCAACCAAAGAAUAGCCCAGGUGCUGUUAACCAGAAACGACAUAUCUAACUGGCCUCAAUAUAAGAAUGCGCAAAACACAUUAAAUGAACUAUUAAAUAUGGAUGUCAUUCCAAUUGUAAAUGAAAACGACACUUUAUCCACCAAUGAGAUCCAGUUCGGUGAUAACGACACAUUGAGUGCGAUCACGGCCGGUGCAGUGGAUGCCAACUACUUAUUUCUGCUAACGGACGUCGACUGCCUGUACACUGCCAACCCUAAGGAGAACCCUGAUGCCAAGCCAUUACUAAUCAUCCCAAACAUUUCUGAAGGUUUGCCGGGCGUUGAUACGUCUUCAGGGUCCGGGUCCAGUGUCGGAACAGGCGGUAUGGAGACCAAGAUAACCGCCGCCAACCUAGCCACGAACGCGGGUGUGCACACGAUAAUCAUGAAAAGUGAUAGACCUAAGAAUAUCUGUUCCAUUGUGCAUUACAUCCGAAGUCUUGAUUUGAAUCUGGAUGAGGAGGAUAAGAAAGAAAGAUUCGGCGAUAUCGAUCUACUAGACUUGCAAGUGAAGGAGCUGAAAAAACUGAAGGAGAUGGGCGUUCCACUGCAUACCAAGUUCAUCGCCAAUGAUAACCAACAUCAUUUGAAGAAUAGAGAGUUCUGGAUAUUGCAUGGUUUGAUGACGAAAGGUUCUGUUAUCAUAGACCAAGGCGCACACAGCGCGCUUACCCGGAAGAACAAGGCAGGACUGUUCCCAGCUGGUGUGAUUGGAGUCGAGGGCACAUUCCACGAGUUUGAGUGUGUCGAAUUGAAGAUGGGUAAGCGCUUGGCAUCUGGAGAGAUGGACCCGGAUUUCACACCUAUCGUAUUCGGUAGAGCAAGAUGUAACUACUCCAGCGAUGAGCUGGUCAAGAUCAUGGGACUACAAAGCAGCGAGAUCGAAGAUGCAUUAGGAUACGUUGACAGCGAGUACGUCGCACAAAGAGACAACAUUGCAUUGCCACCAAACGACACGGAUAGGACAAUAGAAUAA